UUGCUUUCCGAGUUUACUCCACAAGCUAUAACAUUGAAGAGUGCAAUAUGUUCUGACUUAGAUAAAGAAAGAAAGCAACUGUGAAAAACACAAAUCAAACAAAAGGGGAUAAGGAAGAAAACUUCUUCCUCAGUGGAGCUAGCCCUUCUUCUAGACCUAGCUAGAUUACGACUCCUUUCUUUGAUCUUCUCAUUUGUUUUGUGAGAAAAUGAGAGAAAUAUUGAAUUCAGCAUCACAAACCAUGCUCAACCAAAGUUUGUUCGAGGAUCAAGAUAUGUCAUCACAACUUGGAUUCUUCGCCUUCUCUUCAAACCCUUACAAUCUACCCUUUGGGUGCAGUCAACCUUCUCUAAAAACUCUCACAGCAGUAGCUGGUUCAUUGGCUGCAGAUACACAAACAACCCUCUCUGAAUCUGCUACUCAAAAGCAAAAAGAAGAUGUCACUUCUCAUUUUGGAGAACCCCCCCAGCUCCGUUCUUUACAAAGAUCUAAUGCAAAUCUGUGGGCAUGGGGAGAAGUGAAUGAUUGCAUGAACUCCAAGAAAAAUGGAGGAGAUAAUUAUUUGGGAGUGGCAACAAUAAAGAUGAAGAAGAUAAAGGCCAGGAGGAAGGUAAGAGAGCCAAGGUUUUGCUUCAAGACCUUAAGUGAAGUGGAUGUUCUGGAUGAUGGGUACAAGUGGAGGAAAUAUGGACAGAAAGUGGUAAAAAACACGCAGCAUCCCAGGAGCUAUUAUCGCUGUACACAAGAUAACUGUCGUGUGAAGAAGCGAGUGGAACGAUUAGCAGAAGAUCCCAGAAUGGUUAUAACAACCUAUGAAGGAAGACAUAUACAUUCUCCAUCCCAGGACGAGGAUGAUUCACAAGCUUCAUCUCAAAUGAACAACUUCUUCUGGUAGUCUACAAGUUGAAUACAUUUCUAUAUAUAAAAGUUGAGUUUAUAUGCGUAGUAUAAAGUUGUAUGUUGUGUGUUUUCCAUGGUGUAACUUUCUGGUAUACACUUUUGAUUUUGCCCAUUUUCUAUUCAUAUAUACUACAUCUUAAUACUACGCAUUUGAAUUCAACUGGGCAUACGUAAGUUGAAGUUUUCAACUUAACUUGUGCAUCCUUUGAUUCGUAGUUAUAAUGUGUGUAACAUGUCAUGUGCCCUUGUUUUAUUGGGGCUUGCAUGCAUGCUAAUGUAAUACUACUAGUUUAUGUUGGAACUCAGGCAGUUGGAUUAUGAUUUGUUCUUU